CUUCUAUCUUCGCUUCUUAUUCCACCUGCCUCAACACUCAGCUCCCCUCUCUUAGUAUGUCCGAGGUUGAGGGCCCUAAACCAGGCUCUGCAGAAACGCAACCGGAUGAUCCGUCGUUGAUCUCCGCCACCAAAGCCCAGGCGAAACGCGUAAUUCUUCGACUACGAGUGAAUGAAUUCUCUGAUGGCGACCCCUCAGAGUACGACGACGCCAUCAAGACGUACCUCGCUUUCGCUGGCCGUCCAAUUACAGAAUGGGAAGAGGAUAGGCACUACGCACACAUCGAGCCUUUUCAAGAUCCCGAGCUGCGGCAGACUAGAUUCCACAUCACACUUGAUAUGGAGCAAGGUUCAAUAGAAAACCCGGAUUUUGGAAAGCUACCACAUGAGGUCUAUCGCAUUCGCCGCGAUGGGCACGGAGAACUCCAAGUCGCCCUAAUUCAGAGUCCCCUUGAGAGGGAAAACCUCAUAAAGAAAAUUCGACAGUACAGCGAUAUUCUCUAUCCUUGGGGUAGAACUAGGCGGGCGGGGAAGUCGUAGGCAUUGAUCUUGGCAUAUGGAUAGGGGAACAGUUCGCCACAGUCAAUAUGAUUGUAAUGCUAGCUCGUCAUUAGCUGCAAAUCUCGUAUUGAAUUUCGCCGGACUUACAACUACUGAGAAUGUUCAGAGCUUGGAGGUGAUACUCCUUGACAGGCUGGGCACAAUCCAGGUAGAUUUUGAUCUCUUGCAUCAAGCGCUCGAGGAAGAUCUCGAGUUCGUCCGGUCGCAGGAACACAAAGAGAAUUGCCAGGGCG